AAAAAAAAACAUCCACAGCACACAAGCUUGACUCACUGAAACACCACAAAGAAAACACCGAAAACACAAAGUCCAAAAAAAUGCAAAAAGAUACCGGGGCCUAGCCGCGAUUCGAACGCGGGGCCUGUCACAAUCUGGUAAUAGCCUAGAGACUACUGGGCGAACCCGAAGCGACAAUCAUACCACUAGACCACUAGGCCGAUGUUGAUGUGAGGCAAUUCUUCAAAUCUUAUAAUAUACCUCACCAUGGUUAAUCCAUUAUUCCCCCAACCUAAAAACCUUUACUUACGACACGCACGCAGCCCUGCCACCCUGUCCACGGAAACGCCAUCAAACACGCCUGCAGUUUCACACAGACACGACACGCGUCUCCACCCCCCGCUCGCUCGGCCAUCGGCAGCCUGCAGCCUUGCGUGCCGUGCGGGUGCCUGCGUGCGUGCUCCCAUCGAGCCGAGACGAACAUCAAACGGUCGGACCACAGCUAACGGCGAGCCAAGAGUCCACGGCCGCGCAGGAGCCAUGGAGCCUCGGCUCCACUCGCGCGCCGCGGACUUCCGCGCUCCGUGGAGACUGGAGCCUGUGGGAGACCUGGACUCCUGGAGACGGGUGGCAGCGCCGACAACCGGCCUGCCGUCUGCCUGGGGUGCGGUUCGGGGGUCUGGGGAUGCCUCCCCCAUCAUGUACGCGAGGCGAGAAGCUUGGCCUACCUAGGAGUAAUGUUUUACUUUGCUUCUUGUCGUCGUCAUCAUCGUCGUCGGCGUCGGCGCGGAGCUCGAGCAGAGUCUAUAGAUAAUUGUUCCAUGUAGAGUGCUUACCAAAAAAUGUCUGGGUAUGCCUGGAAAAGCAUCACAAUCAC